CUUUAACGUAAACGGUGCUUUCAAGCGGUUGGAUCCUAAAUUUCUUUCUGUUUAAUUUUUUAUUUCUUUACGAAUUUAAAAGAAAACAACAAAAAGUGUUUGCAGAGUUAGCAUAAAAAUAAAUUAAAAUAAAUUACAAUUUUUUUAAAUAAAUUUCAUUUUAAAAAUCUUUAAACCAAAAUGCUUUUUGCAUACUAAAUGUGAUGCUAGUGAUUGACAAAUUAAAAUUUUUUAAGUAGAAAACUUUUUUUAAUUUGAAACAUUAGAAAUUAGAGUGUUUUAACUAAAGACAUGUUGAAAUUUGUAAAAUUUUGUUUGUGGCUGUUAAUGCUUUUGCAUUGUCUGAGUGUUUUGGUGGGUGAAGAUAAAUUGGUGGACUUAAAUGCCAACUUAACGGAGAUUAAUGAUGAUUUAUGGCCUAAAAACGUGAGCCAGCUGGAGGAACAUAAAUCAGCUGAUAAUGAGGAAUUGAAAGCAAAUGAAGAGAGCAGCAGUGUUAAGAGUAUAGACACAGAAGCUGUACCCAAUCCCUUAACUGCCACCGACACUCCUCUAGAGUCCUCUAAUCGCACGGGCCGCCAACUAUAUUAUAAUCCCACCAUCUAUUACAUACAAAAUUAUGCUACCGAAGGUAGCAAAUGUGUAAACUCUCGAGGUUUAGUGGGUGUUUGCAUGAGUUUCAAUAGUUGUGUGCAAGCACAAAGACAGAAACGGCAAGUAACCCUGCUCGAUGUACAACAGUGGCCGCCCCACCAGCAAGUCUUGCCCUAUUUCCCUCCACAGUUGCAACAGCAAGAGUUUUGUACAUUUUAUGAUCAAUUUGCUAGAUCCUCAUAUGGAAUAUGUUGCACGGGAAUACAAAAUGUAACACCAGUGGGUUUGGCUCCAACCGAUUUACCACAGGCUGAGGAACCAGAAAUGCCCGAAGAACAGAGCAGCCAUAAGCCUGAACAUGUUGAUGAUUCAGAAGUUUUAGAGGCCGAUUUGAAUAGUUUUCAGCCAGAGCCACCACAAUAUGAUAACACGGACAAUACCAUAGAUUAUGAUCCCAUAGAGAAUUUAAAACAGGCUGCUGUUUAUAAUAAUUACAACAAUUAUAUACGUUACCCCUGGCCUCAGCAGUUUGUGGGCUUUUCGGGGGUACAGCAAUGGCCACCACCAUUGCCCACACAUCCACCCUCUCUGGACAGUUGGCCACCACCAUUGCCUACCCAUCCACCCAAUCAUCAUUAUCCCACUCAUGCUCCGGUAAGUGGAGGUGGAGGGGGAUCACAUUAUAGGCCCACCACUACUACAACCACCAGAAGGCCUUACACCACCACUACCACACGCCGGCCCUCCUACCCCAGUUAUCCCACUCAGAGACCUACCACUAGCACAACUACCAAGAAACCUGAUAUUGGUGGUCUGGGUCUGCCAUUGCAAUGUGGCUUGAAGAGUGCUGAAAAUCCCGAUCAAGAAAGAAUUGUGGGCGGCACUAAUGCCAGUCCUCAUGAGUUUCCCUGGAUAACGGUUUUGUUCAAGUCGGGCAAGCAAUUUUGUGGUGGCAGUUUGAUAACAAAUAACCAUAUUUUAACAGCAGCCCAUUGUGUGGCCAGAAUGACCUCCUGGGAUGUGGCGGCCUUAACCGCCCAUUUGGGUGACUACAAUAUACGCACCGAUUUCGAGGUAAAACAUAUAACACGACGCAUUAAACGAUUAGUUCGACACAAGGGCUUUGAUUUCAGUACAUUGCACAACGAUGUUGCCAUUUUAACGCUCAAUGAGCCCGUGCAAUAUACCAAAGAAAUCCAACCCAUUUGCCUGCCCACCUCCACGGCCCAACAAACUCGCAGUUAUAGUGGCCAUAUUGGCACCGUGGCUGGAUGGGGUAGUUUAAGGGAAAAUGGUCCUCAGCCCUCUAUAUUGCAGAAAGUACAAAUACCCAUUUGGACCAAUACUGAGUGUGCCCAGAAAUAUGGCAGAGCAGCCCCGGCUGGCAUAAUAGAUUCUAUGAUUUGUGCCGGCCAAGCGGCCAAGGAUUCUUGCAGUGGAGACUCUGGCGGUCCUUUGAUUGUUAAUGAGGGCGGCCGUUAUAUACAAGUGGGCAUUGUUUCCUGGGGCAUUGGUUGCGGUAAGGGUCAAUAUCCGGGGGUAUAUACUAGAGUUACUUCUCUGCUGCCUUGGAUUUAUAAAAAUAUUAAGUGAUUAAAAUGAUUUUAAAUUAAUAAACUACUUUUUUAUAUGUGUAAAAUAAA